AUGAAACGAUUUUUCGAAAAAGAUAUAAUAGCAAUUAGCGUGUGCUUUUUGUUGUGUUGUACCGUCACAUUAAGUUGGAAACCAAACUUUCAAUCGCCGAAAUGGGUACAUCAGAUAUCUAAUGAUAAUUUGACGGGUAUACCAAAAUCCGUUAUACAGCUUCAAGAUAGAAUUUUGUAUCCUACGAGACUUUUUUUUCAAAACAUGUUCAGCUCACGGUAUCAAAUAGACACAGCUCGGAUUUUACAGAGAACACAAAAGCGACAACCGAAGUCAUCCAAGUUUUUUUGUAAUACCAAUGGAACUAGAUCUGAAACGAGGCCAACGUCUGUACAUGAACUAAGACCAGGUGAUUUUGAUGUAAUCGGCAGUGUCGGAGAUUCUUUGACAGUCGGGACGGGAAGCUUUACGUAUUUUUUACCACAAUUAGUCGUCGAUCAUCGUGGAGCAUCGUGGACAGCUGGUGGACAAGGUACAUGGAGAGAAUUUUUAACUUUGCCAAAUAUUUUGAAAGUCUUUAAUCCAAAAUUGAUUGGCUAUGCAUAUGGCGAUGCAUUGGCUGAACAGCAUUUUUCUCAAUUCAACGUAGCUGAAGUCGGUGCUCUCAGUAGAGACCUACCAUUUAUGACAAGAGAACUGGUGAAAAGAAUGAAAAUGGAUAAGAGGGUUAAUAUAACCGAAGACUGGAAGUUGGUAACAAUGAUGAUGACUUCGAAUACCUUUUGCUUAGAAUUGUGUUACGAUGAUUAUACUACGUAUGCUGAAAAGCAUAGACAGGAAGUUUUAAAAGCAUUACUAUACAUAAAAGAAAAUUUACCACGGACGAUGGUCAACUUAAUUUUAAGUCCAAAUUUAGAAAUUUUACUUAAUUUCACAAAUCUGCCAAGAAUUUGUUUUUUCACUCACAUCCUAGAGUGUCCGUGUUUGUAUUCGAUCCAGUACAAACAUAAAUUGUCAGAUUACAUAAAAGUAAUGAAACAGUUUCAAGAAGUCGAGAAAGAAUUAGUGGAAAAUGAAGAAUUGAAGGAUAAAGAUGAUUUUACAGUGGUUCUUCAAGCAUUUACGGAAGAUCUGAAAUUCCCAUUAAAUAGGUUUAAUACUACAGAUAUAACGUAUUUGGGGAGCGAUUGUUUUCAUUUCAGUCAAAAAGGUUAUGCCAGAGCUGCGAACGCCUUAUGGAACAAUAUGAUGGAACCAGUUGGUCGCAAAUCGACAGACUGGUCUAAAGAAUUCGAUCGAUUUAUUUGUCCAACAAAAGAGUCUCCAUACAUUGGUACGUGGAAAAAUAGCAUAGUAUGA